AUGUCUGCUGGAUUCUUGAUCAGACACUGCCCCCACCCCAUCUGGUUCCUCCAUGAUGAAACCGGUAGCGCCGAGUCUUCCGUGCCCCCCACGCCCCCCUCACCUCCCGUUCUGGUGGAGUGCCUGGACACCCAGCUGGUGGUCACUGUCAGCAAAAACCUCUUUGGCGCCGGGAAGCUUGUGAGGCCUUCAGACCUGACCCUGGGCCCUGAGCACUGUAAGCCCUUGGCCUCCGAGGACACGGCCGCCGUGGUCAGGUUUGAGGUUGGCCUGCAUGAGUGUGGAAACCGUGUGCAGGUGACCGGCGAUGCCCUGGUGUACAGCACCUUCCUGCUCCACAGACCCCGCCCGGUGGGGAACCUGUACAUCCUGAGGGCUGACCCCGCCAAGGUCCCCAUCGAGUGCCACUAUCCCAGGCAGGGCAACGUGAGCAGCCAGGCCGUACUGCCCACCUGGGUGCCCUUCCGGACCACGGUGCUGUCUGAGGAGAAGCUGGAUUUUUCUAUGCGCCUGAUGGAGAAGGACUGGAACGCUGAGAAGAGGGACCCCACCUUCCGGCUCGGGGAGACGGCUCACCUUCAGGCAGAGGUCCGCAUGGGCAGCCACGUGCCACUCCGACUGUUCGUGGACCACUGUGUGGCCACGCCAAUCCCAGCCAGGACCACCUCUCCUCAUCACACCAUCGUGGACAUUCACGGCUGUCUCGUGGAUGGGCUUUCCGAUUCCGUCUCGGUGUUCCACGCCCCCCGACCCGGACCAGACACGCUCCAGUUCACGGUGGAUGUCUUUCACUUUGCCAAUGAUUCCAGAAAAAUGAUCUAUAUCACCUGCCAUCUGAAAGUCACUCCGGAUGAGCAAGCCCCAGACCGGCUCAACAAAGCCUGCUCCUUCAACAAGACGACCAAUAGUUGGCACCCUGUGGAAGGCACAAGUGACAUCUGUGAGUGCUGUAACCAGGGCAACUGUGGCACGCCGGAUCCUCCCAGGAGGCUGCCCCCUGUAGACCAGCUGUCGGUGAGCCAGUGGCAGAAGCUGGUAUCCCGCAAACAGAGAAAGGUGACAGAAGAAGCAGACCUUACGGUGGUGCCACUGAUCUUCCUGGGAAAGACUGGUGACCACAGUAGGGAGGGCUGGACCUCUGCUGCUCACAGCUCCGUGAGCCUGGCUUUAGGUCUGGUGGUGGUGGUGACCCUGAGCCUGGCUGCUGUGGUCCUGGGCCUUGCCAGGUGGCAGCGUACAAGCUCCUAUCCUGUGCUGUGUCCCGCGUAUGCUUCCCAAUAA